GUGGGACAGAUUCCUAUGACAUUGCUGGGGAGUAGGAGGGACAAUAUCAAGUGUUAUAAAACGUGAAGAAAACAAUUCACUGAUUCCCGCUUCGCGGUUGCAAUAUUUGAUUAUUGUAACUUCUGGCGGAGUCAUGUAUCGGCGACCGUUGCAGUCUGCCGUGAGGAACAUUAUAAAUGUGUCAGCGUCCAGGUCUUCCUUCGGAAAGGCAUUUGAGCAGGAGGCUUGUCUUGCCAGAACUUUAGUAGCUUGCCAGUUGGCCAGCGCCCCCUUUCCCUCCCAGACACAAUGUCGGACACUGCACAGCACUUCACCGCUAUUGAAUGUGAAAGAGACUCCCCAGGCCACAGAAGAGGAGGUGGGGGCCUUCACCAAACUCAUCGAGGCCAUGGGUUUCACAGGACCCCUCAAAUACAACAAAUGGAAAAUAAAGAUUGCAGCCCUGCGUAUGUACACGUGCUGUGUAGAGAGGAUCAACUACGAUGAGUUCUUUGAAAAAUGCUCCCUCCCUGACACGCUCAACUCCUGGUUCCUUGUGGCACAGCUGCAUGUGUGGAUGUGUUUGGUGCGGAUGCGUCAAGAGGGUCGCGAGGGGAAGUACAUGUGUCGCUACAUCGUCCACUCCAUGUGGGAGGACGUAGAACAGAGGAGCAAGAUCAUGGGGAUUGAUGCCAUCCACAGGAAGGAGAGUAUGAGAGCCAUGACAGAGACCUUUUAUGCUGCUAUAUUUGGAUAUGAUGAGGGAGUGCUGUCGGAUGACAGGGUUCUUGCAGCGGCCCUGUGGAGGAACAUUUUUAACCGCCAGUGUGACGAACCCAGGCAGCUGGAGUUGAUGGUGGAGUACGUACGCAAACAGAUGCAGUUCAUCGAUGCUCUGGAUGGGGAUGACCUGCUGCUGACUGGAGAGGUCAAGUGGCGCCCCCUGGUGGAGGAUAAUGCGCAGAGCAUCCUGAAAGUGGCCUCCCCCACCUAUAACGACACCGGUCUCUGAGACCCCCUCCCCUCUCGUCCCCGUGACUACAAUACCCACAAUCCUUUCUGUCCAGACGUGCUGUAGGCAGGAUAGCCAACCAGGAACUUUUGCAUCUGAUCCAAGAAAUUUACUACAAACAUUCACAUGCAUACACACCACAUUUAUUUCCCAACCUGGCAUUCUCAUCAACCAAUCAAUGGUCAGAAAAUGCCACAAAUCAUUGCAACCUAUGCGUUCUGAGAGCGAAAAGGCCAUGCCUCUUACUCUGGAUGUCUGCACUCCUUUCCUGUUUGAAAAUAAGAAAGAGACAAAAACUAAAAACAAUCUCUGUAUUUAUAUUUGUUUAUCUUUUCUGAUGCCAUAAUGGAUAUUUAUAAGAGUUCUUCAAAGCAUGGAUUCCUCACUGUCUGUCUGAGUGCAGUCCUCUUCCUCUCUCAGAACGCCACAUGACAGAUACUGUUGCCUCGACCGUCAGCCAUCAUCACUGUAUAAACAUGAGGCUUUUGUUUUAAAAACUCAAAUAAAAAUGUUAUUACUCUU